CGGGGAGGAGGACGGAGGAGAGGACAGGAGGAGGCGGAGGAGAGGAGGGUGCGGGUGGAGGGACAUUCAGUCAUUGUUACCAACUCGAGGAGCGGCGGAGACCGCGCUUACUACGCGAAUUUUCCGGACAGCGUUCAGACUGAGCAUCAUUUACCCAGAGGUUGCCACCAAUAUUUCCUCCAGCAUCAUCGCUGUCCGUGGAGGCAGGAGAGGGAGGAGUGUUUUCCAUUUGCAGCAUCUUAAAGGACCACAGCGUCACUUAGGUGAUGAAGGCCCUGUGACUCAGUGUAGUCAUGGUGAUGGAUGCAGCCAACUUGGCUUUGUUGGAUUAUGCUGCGCAGUCCAUACUGUCUCUCUGUGAUCUGAUGAGGAGGAAAGGGCAAACGGGCAGUCCUUAAGUCUCACAAUUUUUCCCCUUCCUGGUUAAAAGACCGCAAUGCUAACAGGGCUCAGCCCCUCACCAUAACCGGCCAUCUCCUGGGUGUUACUUCUCUUUUCCUGUACGGACCAGUCAUGGAUCUCCUGUGGGUGCUUUCAGUGUCCAUGCUGACUGCUUGCGUUGCCAUCCCCAUGGACACAGUGGCAGGAAGCCACAGUCUGUUCACCUGUGAGCCCAUCACCCUGCGCAUGUGUCAGGGACUGCCCUACAAUGCCACCUUCAUGCCCAACAGCCUGAACCACUACGACCAGCAAACCGCUGCUCUCGCCAUGGAGCCUUUCCAUCCCAUGGUGAACCUGCAGUGCUCUGCGGAGCUCAGGAUGUUCCUGUGCGCGCUCUACGCCCCCGUGUGCACCGAAUACGGCAGGAUUACUCUGCCCUGUCGCCGCCUCUGUCUGCAGGCCAAGAGCGACUGCUACAAGCUAAUGGACAUGUUUGGUGUGAGCUGGCCAGAGGAGAUGGACUGCAACAGGUUCCCAGACUGUGACGAGCCCUACCCCCGCCCCGUAGACCUCCUGUCCAGCUCAGACACGACUGAGUCUCCCAUCUCCGUCCAGAGAGACUACGGCUUCUGGUGUCCCCGCGAGCUCAAAAUCAACCCAGAGCUCGGCUACUCGUUCAUGGGGGUGCGAGACUGCUCUCCCCCUUGUCCCAACAUGUACUUCACACGUGAAGAGCUGACGUUCGCCCGCUACUUCAUUGGAGUUGUGUCCAUCGUCUGCCUGUCUGCCACGCUCUUCACCUUCCUGACUUUCCUCAUCGAUGUGUCACGAUUCCGCUACCCAGAGCGUCCGAUCAUAUUUUAUGCCGUGUGCUACAUGAUGGUGUCCCUGGUGUUCUUCCUGGGGUUCCUGUUGGAGGACAAAGUUUCCUGUAACGCAGCGAGUCCUGGGAGGUUCAGGGCUUCGACUGUGACUCAAGGCUCCCAUAAUAAGGCCUGCACUCUUCUCUUCAUGGUGCUGUACUUCUUUACAAUGGCUGGCAGUGUGUGGUGGGUCAUUUUGACCAUUACCUGGUUCCUGGCUGCUGUUCCUAAGUGGGGCAGUGAGGCUAUAGAGAAGAAGGCCCUCCUCUUCCACGCCUGCGCCUGGGGCAUCCCUGGUGUCCUCACCGUGACUCUGCUCGCCAUGAACAAGAUCGAGGGAGACGGCAUCAGUGGUGUUUGCUUCGUUGGGCUCUACAACUUAACAGCCCUGCGUUGGUUCCUGCUGGCCCCACUGGGACUGGACGUAGUGGUGGGCGUGGUGCUGCUGCUCGCAGGUAUCGCCGCGCUUAACAGAGUCCGUAUGGAGAUCCCGCUGGAGAAGGAAAACCAGGAGAAACUGGUCAAGUUCAUGAUUCGUAUCGGCGUGUUCUCCGUGCUCUACCUGGUUCCACUGCUGACCGUUCUGGCCUGCUACUUUUAUGAGAGCAGCUACAGGCCCGUCUGGGAGACGACCUGGGUCCAGGAAAAAUGCAGAGACUACCACAUCCCGUGCCCCUAUCAGGUGGAGCAGACUAGUCAUCCCGACCUGGUGUUAUUCCUCAUAAAGUACCUGAUGAUGCUGAUUGUAGGAAUCCCCUCAGUGUUCUGGGUCGCAAGUAAGAAGACCUGCUUCGAGUGGGCCAGUUUCUUCCACGGCAAGAGACGUAAAGACGGGAUGGUCAACGAGAGCCGGCAGGUGCUCCAGGAGCCGGACUUCACCCAGCUGCUUCUCAGGGAUCCCAACACCCCCAUCGUGAGGAAGUCGCGAGGCACAUCCACACAGGGGACCUCCACCCACGCCUCCUCCACCCAUCUGGCCAUACUGGACGAGCCGCCGAGCGCCAGCACCAGCCGGGCGGGCUCCGUACGCAGCGCCCGCUCCAAGAUGAGCAGCUACCACGGCAGCCUGCACCGCUCACGAGACGGCAGAUACACCGCCUCCAGUUUCAGAGCCGCAGACGACCGGCUGCCUUACGGGAGCAUGCCUCGCUUAAACGAUCAGUCACAGUCCAGACACUGCAGCACCAACCGCCUAGACUGCCUGUCGCGGCACGGUUCCACCCAGCGGCUCGAGAGCCAGUCGCGCCACAGUAGCAUCAGGGACCUGAGCAGCGGUGCCACAGCGGUGCUUGGAGUCCCUGGAAAUGGGAUUCACAGAGUCCUGGAGGAGGAUGGAGCAACGGCCUGAACAAGUCUGAGGAGGAAACACUGAAGGAUGAGAAGCAGCCUGACAGCACAUCGAACAGCAGCCACUGUGAUACACUUAAGAGCCCAGAGCUGAAGCACAGCUGUUGCUACAGCUUAGCGAUGGAGUUGGAUUAAAGGAGCGCGACACUCAGUCUGAGGGCACUUAAUAGAAAUCUUUGCCUUAAAACGUCCUCACGGCUUUACCUGGAAUACCUUCUGAGUGGAUGAGAGUCUGCAAGCUAAAACUGAUCUCAGCCCAGUUUUAAAACUCCACUGAGUUUUGUGUCCUGAUGCAGAGUUAAUGUAGGAAAAGAUGCUUUCGCUGUUGGACCUAAACAGCUGAGCCAGACAAAAUGCGACCAAUGCUGACAGACUGCACCAGAUUACUAGGACUGUACUUUGUAUAAAGAACUUCAGUAUGGACACGAGACAUUAGGAGCUCCGUCCUGUAGUCUUUUUAGCAUUCAUGAAUUUUUUUUAGAUUUCAAAACGGACCCAUUAAGGUUUUCCUUGUUUUCUUCUGUUUAUGAGGGGCAGCCAAUCAGAAGAAAACUGGCUUAAAUUGAGAGCUCGUUUCAGAGAGGAUGAACUGCAGGGCUGCAACAAGGCCCAGCACGAGAGAAAUAACUAAUACAGUCCAAGAAUAAAAACACAGAGCUGAAAAUGAGCAGAAUAGGGUUAAAUUUCAACUAUUUUUCACCUCUUCAGCUGCUUCUUUUUUCAGAUCUCUGCUGAAGCUGAAGCUGCUCUCUUCUGUACUUGAAGGGGAUUUUUUUAAAAAAACAAAACAUUCAUUGGUACAAAAGUCUGCUGAACUUUACAGAAGCCUCAUCUCAUUUUAAAAGCUGGUCUUCAGUUGCACAGAAUGAUAGCCGGACAUUAUCUCAAUCUGUGCUUUGCGGUUUUGAAUGCAAGGGCUGAAAUCCAGAAUAUAAAUGCUGAAUUCAAACUCCUGCCUUAUGACUGUGUUCAGACACAAUGCAAAGAGAUCAAACUCAGCAGCACAAAUUUAAAAACAUGCAAAAACGUUUCCUGUACCUCAAGCUGAACACCAGCGGGCUUCGCGAACCUGUGUGAGGUGCACCGAGGCCUGAACACCGACGCAGCAUCAGAAACAAAAGUUUACCUUCUCGUUCCGUCCAGUUUUUAACAGCAGCUCAAAUAAGCAUCUUUGUCCGCUUUCCAGAUGUGUGCUUACUGUAAAUGUUAGAGCAACAUUUCCUCUAGAGGCAGAACAUGUUCAUGAUGUAAGAAGUGAAUUUCUGUUGUUCAUUUGUAAUAAAGUUUAAAAUAAA